AUGCACGAGGUGGAUGAUGAUCUACAUGAACGCGACUCCACUAGCGCCCGCUAUUUCGUGAUGCCUGGAUUUCCGCCAUUGAUGCACCCGAUGACCAAGUACAAGGCAAUCCUGGAGCGAUCUGCUUAUGCCACGAUCUUCGACGAGCUGAUGAGCAAAGUGAAGCUGUGUUUCGAUCGCAAUCGGGACGCCAACAUGGUUCUGACGGGCAAUCCGGGCAUAGGCAAGAGCCGAUUCUACCUGUAUUGUAUGUUUCGGCUCGCUCGUGACGACGGAGUGGACGCACAGAAACUCGAUCCUUUUGACCUCGUGCUGAAUUGUGGACGCGAUUUCCAGAAGUAUCUCCCUGAAUCGAAGGAGUUCGUCGAGUUGGACGACGCAGACGUCAACUCCCUCAUGAGCAAACCUCGUGUGCUUCGGCUUAUCGAAGGAGACUCAUCGAAGCUAAAUGGCUGGAGCGGGGUGUCGAUUCUGUUCGCGUCUCGGAAUCUCAAGGGGAUGAACAAUUACGCCAAAGUCAACUCAUACACGUACAUCAUGCCAGAAUGGACCUUGGACGAGCUUCAGGAUUGCAACUCGAUACUAAGCGACGACUUGAAGCUAUCGGACGAGCUGUUGAUAUCAAGAUUCAACAAGUUUGGUGGGGUUCCGAGACGUAUUUUCACUACCACAGAGAUGGAGGCGGAGCAGAAGCUGGCGACGGCAAUUGAGUCGUUCACUGCGGAGGACGUCAUCUCUUACGCUUGGUGUAAUCGUCGACCGAUUGACAGGAUGCACGACCACAGCAGCAUCCUCAAGAUGACGCCCUUCUCGAAAGAUUUCCGAGCCACAUCACACACGGAUUUCCAGUCGGACUACAUUGCCGAGAAGGUGAUUGACAAGAUGGAUGACAAAAGUCUGCGCAAGUUAUCCAAGAUCGAAACGGCCGCAUUUCGAGGCACAAUUUACAGGAUGCUGUGUCACCAAUGGGUUACCCAGCAACAGAAGCUGCAAUUCCGUUCGCUUGGCACGGAAGCGCCAUUGGAACUCAUUCUGGGGAAUAUGAAAGAUAGAGGAGUUCCCACAUCUUCCGGUGGCGUGGUUUUGUCGAGGGAUAUGGAGAUUAGACAAUUCUCUACUCUCAGCGGGAUUCACGCAGCUCAGAUCGGCCGGACGUACUUCCGACCGGCGUCGCCCGCAUUCAAGCCGCUGGAUGCAUUCAUCUUGGACACCAACAAAUCCGAAUGCUAUGGCCUAGUGACGACUCUCCACUCAGAUCAUGAAAUUGAAGCUGAGCCGUUGGACCAGUUUAUAAAGUGGCUACAGCGCGUCGGAGUGCCCGCGGACCGGUUCAGCCUGUGCUUUAUCACGCCAAGCGAUUUGGAGAAACAGUUCAAGAUGCAAACCGUGAGAACGGAUACGGGCCAAGUUCUUCAGAGCCUGGAGUCUUUGGUUAGCGUGAAGCAGUUCGUUGCUGCGUUCGAUGCCUUCAUUUCGCCCACCCACUCCAGUUGA